CGCCCCCAGCGCGCCUCCCGCGGACGCCGAGCGCGGCGCGGGGCCGCGGGGCGGCGGGCGGCGAGCGGCGGCGGCGGCCCGCAGCCCCCGACGGCAGCGGCGGCGAUGCGGCGAGCGCGGGCGGCGGGCGGCGAGGCGGGGCGGCGGGCAGCGCGCCGGGGGCGGCGGGCGCCGCGGGGCUGAGCGGCGGGCGGGCGGCCGGGGCUCCGCCGCCGGCCCCGGGAGGGGGGCACCGGCCCCCCGCCCGCCCUGCGCACCGCUCGGCGCACGGAUUCACGGCGCGGACCGCAGCCUCCCCCGCAGGACGGCAGGAUGGAGAGGAGGCGUGCACGGCUGGCGGCAGAAGGAGCCCGCGCUGCUCAUCGCGGGUGCAGCACUGGCCAGCAGCAAUAGGUGCCACGGUGGUUCCCUGCAAGGCCGCAGGGAGACCCCCCGCACCCCGGAGGAGUUUGGGUUCUCACUGGGAAGACAGCAGCCUUUCCAGGACCAUCUUCCCUGUCUGCUCUGCUGCCUUGUACCUGCAAGGCCAGGCCAGACCUCUGCCCAAUCGCCCACCUGAUUUCCAGGGAUCUGUAUGAGAGCUUCGGGCUCGGUGCCUGGAGGUGCAUCAGCGCCGUGGGAUUGCUGUCUGGCUGGAGAGGCAGCAUCUUUCCCUCCAGUUGAUGACGAUGGGGGACCCCACGCGGAGGGGGAAGCUCCCGUAAGGAGGCCCUGCACGCUUCUGAGCCCUGGCUGCCGGCAGUGGUGGGUGCCUGGGGCUGGUCUGGUCAGCCGGCCCGAGGGUGCUGGGGGAGAGCUGUGUUGCUUAAAGGGCAGAGCGAGCUGGCCGUGCGCCGGCUGGGUCUGCUGGUGGCUGCCGGAGCGGGCACAGCUGGGGAUACCGUCUGCAGAGGCAGCUGAGGAGCCCCAGGAGAGCAGGGGCUGCCGACUGACCUGCUGUUCUUUGCAGGACCUGUCUCUCGGGGUGGGGGACGGAGCAGCCCUUGGUCCUCCAAGGGCUCGUGGCUGAUGCCUCCCGUUGCCCCGCCAGCGGGACUGCUGCCUUAGUGCAGGGCAGCGCUUGACGCGGCGUGGAGGGAGGCCCGCUCAUCUCACCAUGGUGCUGCCACCGCCUGACAAGCGCCACGUGUGUCUGACCACCAUUGUCAUCAUGACCAGCAUGGCCUUCAUGGAUGCCUAUCUGGUGGAGCAGAACCAGGGGCCCCGCAAGAUUGGCGUCUGCAUCAUUGUGCUGGUGGGGGACAUCUGCUUCCUCAUCGUGCUGCGCUAUGUGGCGGUGUGGGUGGGGGCAGAGGUGAAGACGGCCAAGCGGGGCUAUGCCAUGAUCCUUUGGUUCCUGUACAUCUUCGUGCUGGAGAUCAAGCUAUAUUUCAUCUUUCAGAAUUACAAAGCUGACAAGAAGAACCUGGAGACGGUGGCCAGGAAAGCCCUGACCCUGCUCCUCUCCAUCUGCGUGCCAGGGCUCUACUUGGUGCUGGUGGCCUUGGACAGCAUGGAGUAUAUACGGACCUUUCGGAAGAAAGAGGACCUACGGGGGCGUCUCUUCUGGGUGGCCCUCGACCUGCUGGAUAUCUUGGACAUCCAGGCCAACCUGUGGGAGCCGCACAGGACUGGCCUGCCCAUCUGGGCAGAGGGGCUCAUGUUCUUCUACUGCUACAUCCUCCUCCUGAUCCUGCCUUGCGUGUCCCUCAGUGAGAUCAGCAUGCAAGGGGAGCACAUUGCCCCGCAGAAAAUGAUGCUCUACCCCGUCCUCAGUUUGGUCACCAUUAACAUUGUCACCAUUUUCAUCCGGGCCAUCAACAUGGUCUUGUUCCAAGACAGCAGGGUCUCCACCAUCUUUAUUGGCAAGAACAUCAUUGCGAUAGCCACCAAGGCGUGCACUUUCCUUGAGUACAAGCGGCAGGUGAAGGAGUUCCCCCAGAACGCCAUCGCCCUGGAGCUCCAGCAGAACUCCCUCUCCCACAACCAGACCAUCCACAGCGCACAGGGCAUUCCCCACGAGCCGUCGCCCACCAGCGAGAUCCUCGACACAUGAUGGAUCACCCCAAACCGAGCUUUGGUUCAGAUAGCCCCGUGGUGAGCGGAGGAGGGCUGCUGCUCUGUUGCUGCAUGGGGUGAGCGUGACAGACAAAUCCUGGCAGCGAGGGCUCUUGUAGGCACAAAACACCAACCAUGUUUUAAUCGAGCUACGGAGUGUUCCCUAGACCUCUUCAUCUCAGGUAUAACCCUAGGAGUCCUCCAGACAAACCAAAUGGACUUGCAAAGGACCUGAACCAGCUAAUCCUCUCCCUCCCUUCCACCGAUUUCUCCCUUCCUGAGCAAAGACCGCUAAUGUUGCAAUGUCCCUUUUUACUCCUCGAGCACCUCACCUUUACUCCAAGUCUGGAAUGAAGAUUUUGUUACUGGAGACCUUUUUAUGGAGCGGGGACAGGGGGAUAGGUGUGUGGGUGGGGGGAGGGUGGUACGUUUGAACCAGUAAAUCCUGUGAUCGUAGAUGUCUCUUAUUUCGAAUGGUUGUGUUUACAGUUUCCUAUUUAUAGUGUCUCCUGGGAACUCCCGCUGCGCCCUGGGGCUGGUUUCCUUCUGGCCGUUUCGGGCAGAGAGCAGCCCUGCUCCCAGCAGGAGCCCUGAGGAGCAGUGCCGGGAGGGCUAGCAUGGCUCCUCUCCCUCCUGCGCCCCGGGGCCGGUGGCACGCGCUGGGGGACCCGGGGGACUCCACCGCCACCGGUGCACUACACCAACUCUGCCGGGAGCAAUAUUUGACGAGCUGAAGUUAAUCUAAUGCUGGUGUUUUAUGUAUUUCAUUCACUCCAAACAACUCAGCACAAUAUUUCUAUUUUUAGAAGGGUCUCUCUCUUUCUCUCUCCCUGGUGUUGCAAACCUUCUUGACUGUAACAGAUGGUGCAGCGUGCGCGGCAGCGCGACUGCCCUGGCACGGCUGGCCAGCCGGCGCGGACGCGGGCAGAAACAGGUACCGAGGAGAGCUUCGUAAUAAGGAUGGCGAUGAUGCAUUUCACUCCAGCAUCGAGCAUUUAUAAAGAGGGCUGCUUUCCACAGCUACUAUAUUUUUAAAAUAAAAUAUUUCAAAAAAAUAAAAAAUACCGGGAGGGAUGUGCUGCCCAGGGCGCAGGGCUGGGGCUCGGCGCUGCGUGUAGACCUGCUGUGCCCACGUGGCGCGGGGCUCAGCCGACCCUCCGGCAGCGGCAGGAGGCAAGGGCCAGCUGGACAAUAAAAGCCCAAUGAGAACAA